GUGACGUCAGUUCCCUGCGAGGAGCUAACUGCCAGUGGCAGUGACGUUAGACGCGAUCUCAGACAAACAUCAUUGAUUUCCUCCCCAAGAGACGAUUUUAUUAACAGAAAUGCAGCGGUACAUGUCACCUAGCGGGUCUCCCCCUUAAAACUGUAGAUAUAAAAUACGUAUUACUACCGUGUAUCCGGGAGAGUGGCUCGGAGUAGAGUAGUACGCUGUAUUUGUGGCUAGCGUCAGUAGCACUGAUGCUAACAGCUAGCUGGCUGCAGCUAAGUUAGCUAACGUUAUGUUAUGACUUUAAAACUGUUAAAUCCCUUGAUGUCUAGAACCUUUUCGUAGAAACAAUCCAUAACUAACGAACUAUUAGCGAACCCAUUUAAGCACUAUUAACGUGAGAUGUCAUAUGCACACAAGGCUUGCUGGGGCGGGACAGUUUAAUUAAAUAUUAAAUAAAUAAUUUGAGUUGCUUGUACUUUGCAUGAGUAUGAACAUCCAAAGCUACCUGGCAGUUUUAAAGUAACUACCAUUUUUAUGAGUAACAUGCUUUAAUUUCACCAUCAAAGCCUAAAUUUAAUGAGGUUGUAUAGAUUCACUAAGCAAAUAGUUAUGCUCCAAGUAAAUUAAACCUACUCUUACUGAUGAAAAGAUGUUAAUACUUUUACAGCACCAGAGUUCUCAUAAUUGAGCCAUUUUAAAAUCCUCAUCAGCGCUUCCAGGAAGGUGUCUGCGUUCCGGGCGGAACAUGUUCCCCUUCAGAGUGAUGCUCUUUGCUCUGGUAGCAGCAUCCAGUUUCACACCCGUCUGUGUGCUGCAGUUCUGCACCGACGGCGACGGCGACUGCCACCGUCACGACGCUACGGCAUCGAGCAGCCGGCCUCCAAACACUUUCACGUCCAGGUGGAACGCAAGCGCUUCAAACCUGGACCGGUUCAGAGUGUCCUGCAAGAAGCUGAUAGAAGCGUUCCCCAUCGAUGAGGGCGGAGGGAACUACGCCCGCUCCGUAAAGAACUGCAUAUUCUCCAAAUCCACUCCAACUCCCCUGAAAGGCCCGUUGAGGCUGGCAGCAGCUUCCAAGGAGGUCAUGGAGGACAUACUAGACUUAGACGUGGCCGUGACCCGGUCGGAUGACUUCCUGCUCUACGCCAGCGGAGGCAGACUUCCACCGGGAUCAGCGCCACUGGCUCACAGAUACGGCGGCCAUCAGUUUGGCUACUGGGCCGGUCAGCUGGGUGACGGACGAGCACAUUCCCUGGGUCAAUACACCAACAGGAAAGGAGAAGUGUGGGAGCUGCAGCUUAAAGGCUCUGGGAAAACACCCUACUCGAGGUCGGGAGACGGUCGGGCCGUGAUCCGCUCCUCCGUGAGGGAGUUCCUGGGAAGUGAAGCGAUGCACUUCCUCGGUGUUCCGACCAGCAGGGCCGCCAGUCUGAUUGUAAGUGACGAGCCGGUGAUGAGGGAUCAAUUCUACGAUGGCAACGUGAAGACAGAGAGAGGAGCGGUCGUGCUCAGAUUAGCCAACUCGUGGUUCCGCAUUGGAUCUUUAGAGAUUUUGUCUCAAAGUGGCGAGAUUGAUCUCCUGAGAAAGCUGUUGACCUUUGUGAUCGCCGAACAUUUUCCUUCAAUCCAUCCCGAUGACCCGGACAAAUAUUUGGCGUUUUAUUCCACGGUGGUAAAUGAAACCGCUCAUCUCAUCGCCCGGUGGACGUCGGUCGGGUUCGCCCACGGCGUGUGCAACACGGACAACUUCAGCCUCCUGUCCGUCACGCUGGACUACGGGCCGUUCGGCUUCGUGGAGUCCUACAGCCCCCGUUUCGUCCCGAACACCUCAGACGACGAGGGGAGGUACGCCAUCGGGGCGCAAGCCGACGCGGCGCUGUUUAACCUGGAGAAGCUGGCGACGGCGCUCGGCCCCGUGCUGCCCGGAAAGCAGCAGAGCGAGGCUCGGGAUAUUUUAAAAGGAUAUGUGGACAUUUAUCAUAAGAGGACUCAUCGGCUAUUUAAAGCUAAACUGGGGCUUCUGGGGGAAGAGGAGGAUGACGGCUCCCUCAUCGCCUUCCUGCUUAAGAUGAUGGAGGAGACCCACUCAGACUUCACCAUGACCUUCAGGCAGCUCAGUGAAGUUUCAUUCCAGCAGCUUCUCAACAGGAACUUCACACAGUUGUGGGCUCUGGAAGACUUGUCGUCCCACAAUCUCUUUCCUGAUUGGCUCAGCAUGUACCGGCUCCGCCUCCUGAGACAACCAAAUGAUGGUGAUUUGGAACGACAGCAGAGGAUGAAAAAUGAGAAUCCCCGAUAUGUGCUGAGGAACUGGAUGGCUCAAUCUGCAAUAAGUAAAGCAGAGAAAAAUGAUUUCUCUGAGGUGGAGCUGCUCCACCACAUUCUUUCGUUUCCCUUCAUUACACAAGAGGUGGCAGAGAAGGCGGGUUACGCACAAAGACCUCCAUCGUGGGCAAAGAGGUUAAAGGUCAGCUGUUCCUCCUGAGAGGGACUUUGACAGUGAAUCACACCUGAGGCUUUGUGGUACAUUUUAUUCAACUUCUUCAUGGAACGAAGGCCUUUAAAUUGUGGUGAAUUCACUUGUUUGUAAUGCAAUAUUAAAUAAACUCAAAGAUGUUCAGCA